AUGCAGAUGAGCCUGCACUCCAUGGAGGUCGUCAACCGCCUCACCAGCGCCGUGGACCUGCCCACAGACUUUGUGCACCGCUACAUCACAAACUGCAUCAACAGCUGCGAGGGCAUACAGGACAAGUACAUGCAGAACCGGCUCGUGCGCCUGGUGUGUGUGUUCCUGCAGAGCCUCAUCCGCAACAAAAUCAUCAAUAUCCGCGACCUGGCUCACGAGGUGCAGGCCUUCUGCAUCAACUACUCGCGCAUCAGGGAGGCCGCGGGGCUCUUCAGGCUGCUCAAGCAGCUCGAGGCCGGCGCGUGA